AGACAAAUUCUUUCUACAUUAAGGACCUAAACAUGAAGUACGUCUAUAUAUUGCUGUACGCUCUCAUUGCGCCACUCUCAUAUUCAAUAGAGAGCCAUAAAAACUGGAUUCAUAAUGAUAUUCAGGAACAGCCACAAACAUAUGAUUAUAAAGUUAUUUCGGUUAAACAUUUAAUUAAAAAAAGAAGUAUUAAUGAAUUAUCAAUAAAAGUAAAACUUAAUGGCACAGACAAGGAAUUUGUUUUGCAAUGUGCAAGAGGCUAUUUUGCUGGUAAAGACACAAGAGUUUGGGAAGCUGAAAUAAUUGGAGAUAACUUUAAGUACACUCUGAAAGAAGGGAUUAUGGAAAAAGUAAAUAUAUCAUUCUAUCAGGACGAGAAAACAAAGUCUGUAGUAUCACAUACAGUGAAUAAAAGAGGAAUUUCUGAAUUUAAUGGUAUUAUUAAUUCUAACGUAAUAAUACAUCCAAUCAGUCAUCUUAUACGUAAACGUCGUGACGCUAAACCAUAUUCCGAGUAUGAGAAUGACAAUAUCAACAAUUAUCACGUAAUAUAUAAACGAGACAUUUCUUCUUUCUAUGAUCAUGAUGAUAAUAAUGAAGAGUCUAAUGAGAUAACAGAAGACUUAAAUUUAGAAACACCGGACAUAGUGUAUCCAGAAAUUUUAGUAUUUGUAGAUAUAACGCUUUAUGAACGUUUUCAAAUGGACAUUGAGAAAACUGUUGCUUAUACUUUAACUCUUUUUAAUGGAGCUGAUCUAACUUACAGAGUUAUGAAAAAACCUUUAGUUCGUUUCAAUAUUGCUGGAAUUGUUCUGUGUCGGAAUCAACCUGUCCCGAACAAACCGUAUCAUAUUUUCCCGAAUGUAUCUACGCUAUUCUCAAAGUUUAUGUAUAAUGAACAUCAAUUCAAAAUGGGAAAAGAUUACGACAUUGCUGUUUUAAUGGGUUCAAAUCCAGAUUUCACUAGUGGAGUUGCAGGUUAUGCAACAGUAGGAGGGGCAUGUUUAAAAAGUAAUGAUGAAAAAGAAAUAUACUCCACUGCCAUUAUGUUGGAUGAUACACUAUUUUCUGGAAUAAAUAUUGCUGCACAUGAAUUAGGUCAUUUGUUUGGAUCCCCCCAUGAUGGUGAUUCAGCGAAGCGAAACUCCAAUUUACCAGGAGCAGAAGCAUGUCCAGAAGAUGAAGGUUACUUGAUGAGCACACGUGCUGAUGCAAAGAACCAAUAUCAUUUUUCUUCGUGCUCCAAAAAAGUUAUGUCUCACUUUUUCAGUCAAGAAACUGCUAAAUGUCUUCUAAAUAAUCCAGCUGAGCAUAGAAAUGAUGAACAAAUGUUAAGAAUACUGCCUGGUAAAUUAUUACCAAUAGAUGAGCAAUGUCGAAGACUUGGAUAUGCCAAGGCAGGAGAAAUAAAUCCUAGCAUUUGCUCUGGAAUAAAAUGUAUCGCUCAUAACAACACUCUGUACACUAAUACGCAAUGGGCACUUGAAGGAACUCCUUGUGAUUUGAAUAAAUUUUGCUUAAGAGGUGAAUGUGCAGACGUACCUUUUAAUGAAACUAAAGCGAACUUGGGUCCAAAUAUAUUAUUCCCACCAUUUUAUCAUCUGCCUGGAAUUAAUAAAUCUGCUGAAGAACAAUGCAGAGAAAGAGGACAUAAAGACUUUACUGAAGCUUAUUUUAAAGGAUGUACAUGUUAUUGCCAAACUACGUACCCAUCAGGUGAAUAUAUCUACUAUCCAAACAAAGCUCAGGAUGGAACAUUGUGUAAUAAUACAGGGUACUGUCGUUACGGAGAAUGUGUGAUUGAAUCUCCUGAUUUAACUCCUACUAUAGAUGAACUAACUACUACGAUAUCUUCUGAAGACGUAACUAUUCCUUCAAAUGAAGUGCCAAUUGAUGAUUCAAUUAAAAAUCCUGAUGACGAAGAAGAGCCAGAAAAUGUUAAGAGUUCUGAUGAUUAUACAACUACAACUACUACGUCUAUUGAAAUAACUAUUCCUUCAAAUAAAGUGCCAAUUGAUGAUUCAAUUAUUAAUUCUGAUGACAAAGAAGAGCCAGAAAAUGUUACGAGUUCUGAUGAUUAUACAACUACAACUACUACGUCUAAUGAAAUAACUAUUCCUUCAAAUGAAGUGCCAAUUGAUGAUUCAAUUAUUAAUCCUGAUGACAAAGAAGAGCCAGAAAAUGUUACGAGUUCUGAUGAUUAUACAACUACAACUACUACGUCUAAUGAAAUAAUUAUUCCUUCAAAUGAAGUGCCAAUUGAUGAUUCAAUUAACAAUCCUGAUAACGUAGAAGAGCCUGAAAAUGUUACAAGUUUUGAUGAUUAUACCACUACAACUACUACGUCUAAUGAAAUAAUUAUUCCUCCUAAUGAAGUGCCAUUUGAUGAUUCAAUUAAUAAUCCUGAUGACGAAGAAGAGCCAGAAAAUGUUACGAGUUCUGAUGUUCACUCUGAUUACGCUGAUUUUGAUACUACAAAUGCUACUACUAAUGACAUAACUAUUCCUUUAAAUGAAGUACCAAUAGAUGAUUCAAUUAACGAUACUGAUGACGAAGAAGAGCCGGAAAAUGUUACGAGUUCUGAUGAUGACUCUGAUUACGCUGAUUUUGAUACUAGAAAUACUACUAUUAAUGACAUAACUUCAAAUGAAGUACCAAUUGAUGAUUCAAAUAACAAUACUGAUGACGAUGAAGAUCCGGAAAACGUUACAAGUUUUAAUGAUUUUACUACUACAUCUACUAAUUCCAAUGACAUAAUUAUUCCUUCCAAUGAAGUGCCAGUAGAUGAAUCAAAUAAUAAUUCUGAUGGUAAAGAUGAGCCGAUAAUCAAUAUAAGAUUUGAUGAUCCUUCUACUACUACUGCAACUUCUGCUAUUUCCACUACUACUUCUGACACUGCUAAUACUACUAUGUCUACACAGAAUGAUACUAUUAGCCUCGACAAUAAAUUAGACGUUAUGACACCUGAAUUUCGAAUUGAGAACCAACAUUGCAGAAAUGCCGGAAGAUUGAAAUUUUUCGCUUUUACCGAUAAGGAAUGUGUUUUCGCCUGUGUAAAUGAAAACGACACUAUAUUUAAUUACCUUGAAAAUUAUGACUCAUUCAAUUCCAAUGAAACAACAAAUUUACUAACCGACCUAAAGUACACAGAAGUAUUGGCUCAAGAUGGAUAUGAAUGCGGGAAUAAUAAAUAUUGCCAAGCUGGAAAAUGUGACAAUAAGGCAGAUUCUGGUAGCACUUUAAGUUCUACUAAAUCAGCUGACAACUCGAAUCAAGAUGAUUUGUUAAUAUCUUAUCAAGAAAAACUUCAGUCGCUGGGUGAUAUGUACGUUUGGACUGAUGAAGUAUGUAAAAACUUUGGAGCAUCAGGUGCUUUGGAAGUUGCUCCAAUCGAUUGUGUCCUGCAAUGCAAGACGUUAUUAUUGAACGUAAAUGACUUUAAUCAUCGUAAUACUUUGCAAGUCAAAAAUUACACCACACAAGCCCCAAAUAAUUUUCCCUGCAGAAAUAAUGGAUCAUGCUUUGAUGGUAAAUGUGUGGUUCAUUCUAACGACUCAGUUAAAGGCAACCUAUUGAACACAACUUCUAAUAACGUUCCGAAUUCUAAUGAUUCACCUCCUUCCGUCGAUAGUGUGACGCCUGCUCUAGAUGAAACAAAUUCUGAAGAUGUCACAAGUUCAACUGAUGCUAAUAAUACAACUUUGGCUUCUUCGGAUGUUGCAACAAAUUCUGAUACCAGCACAAUUUCAACUACUACAAUUUCUUCUUCAGAUUAUAUAACCAUUUUUUCAAGCUCAACAACACCUCAUAAUUUAAUAAACAAUAGUGAUAAUAUUACAGAAUUAGACAGAACAACACCUAUUAAUGUAGAUAAUACAGAAACGUCUACAUCUCAUGGUAUUAUUAGCUUCGAUGAUACUUCAGAUGUUGAACCUGUUGAUAAUAAAUUUGAGAAUGAACAUUGCAAAACAGUUGGACCAUUAGAAUUUUAUGCAUUUACUAAUGACGAUUGUGUUUUCGCCUGCAAAAAUCGAACUGAUACUACAUCUAACAAGAUGGAUUAUCUUGACUCAUAUUAUGAAUUUACAGGAGAAUUGCCAGAUUACGUAUCUGUGUCUGCUCCAGAUGGAUAUAACUGCGGAAACAAUGGGUAUUGUCUGGGUGGACAGUGUGUCGAAAGGACUGAUAAUGAUAGCAAUACAAGUUCUACUGAUUUUACUAACUCAAUGAAAGAAUCCACAACUCCUGAAAGCGUCGAGAAUUCUAGCCAUUUUAAUUCUUCUUCCUCUGAUGGCGUCACGAGUUCUUUAAAUACAACACCUAGUGUUUUAAUUACGAAUGACGAUAGUUCUGAUAAUAACACAAUUUUUAAUGUCAUUAAUGACUUUAAAGAAUCAACAACUCCUGAAAGUAUUUUAGAUUCUAAUAAUGUAACUACACCUCAAAGUGAUACAAUUUUUGAUGCUCCAAAACCUGUGGGCCAGGAAUUACAAAUUAUGAAUGAACAGUGCGAGCGAGCGCAAGAAGGUUACUUUUUCACGCUUCUUCCAAAUAAAUGUUUUAUAGGGUGCAUUCUUGACAAGUACAUGGCAUACCAUCCCGAUAAAGAUAAUGAUACCACUUAUCAAGCAAUUCGUGAUAAUUAUAUAUUUUUCCAAGAGUAUAAAGAAGUUGUCGUUCAAGAUGGAUUUAAAUGCACAAAUAAUAAAUAUUGUCUAGGUGGACAAUGUGUUGAAAGAACUACUACUGAUAGCAAUACAAGUUCUACUGAUUUCACUAAAACAGUCGAAGAAUCUACAACUCCUAAAGGAGUCGAGAAUUCUACUGAUUUUUCAUCUUCUUCUUCUGAUAGUAACACAAAUUCUCUAGAUUCAACAACACAUCGUGAUUUAAUUACGAAUGACGAUAGUUCUGAUUAUAACACAAUUUCUAAUGACAUUGAUGACUUUGAAGAAUCAACAACACCUGAAAGUAUUUUAGAUGUUAAUGAAGUAACUACACCUCAAAAUGGUACUACGUCUGAUGCUCCAAAACCUGUGGACCAGGAAUUACAAAUUCUGAAUGAACAGUGCGAACAAGCGAAUGAAGGUUACUUUUUCAUACUUCUUCCAAAUAAAUGUUUCAUAGCGUGCACCCUUGACAAGUACUUGGCAUACCAUCCUGAUAAAGAGAAUGAUGACAAUUAUCAAACAAUUCGUGAAAUUACUAUGUUUCUCGAAGAAUAUAAAGAAGUUGUCAUUCAUGAUGGAUUUAAAUGCAAAGAUAAUGGAUAUUGUCUAAGUGGACAGUGUGUCGAAAGGACUAUUACUGAUAGCAAUACAAGUUCUACUGAUUUUACUGACUCAGUGAAAGAAUCCACAACUCCUAAAAGAUUCGAUAAUUCUAGUGAUUUUAAUUCUUCUUCCUCUGAUGGCGUCACGAGUUCUUUAAAUACAACACCUCGUGUUUUAAUUACGAAUGAUGAUAGUUCUAAAAAUAACACAAUUUCUAAUGACAUUGAUGACUUUAAAGAAUCAACAACACCUGGAAGUAUUUUAGAUGUUAAUGAUGUAACUACACCUCAAAGUGGUACUACCUCUGGUACUUCAGAUCCUGUGGACAAGGAAUUACAAAUCAUGAAUGAACAGUGCGAGCGAGCGAAAGAAGGUUACUUUUUCGGGCUUCUUCCAAAUAAAUGUUUCAUAGCGUGCACUCUUGACAAGUACUUGGCAUACCAUCCUGAUAAAGAUAAUGAUGACACUUAUCAAGCAAUUCGCAAUGAUUAUGUAUUCUUCCAAGACUAUAAAGAAAUUGUUGUUCAAGAUGGAUUUAAAUGCAAAGAUAAUGGAUAUUGCCAAAGUGGGCAGUGUGUUGAAAAGACUGAUUCUGAUACCCUAGAUAAAAUGGCACCCCCCUCAUUAGAAUCUGAUGAUUUUAAUACCAAUGUUGAUAGUGACACAAUAUCAUCACCUAUUGAUACGGUUAAUAAAGAAUUAUCCAGACCAGAAGAUAAUAUUAACUCUAAUACUUUAAAUUCUCCACAUAGAGAAUUACAAAUUCUGUACGAACAGUGCAACCAAUACGGAUUAUAUUAUUUCUUCAGUCCUCUUGAAAAUAACUGUGUGAUAGCCUGUACAGCUUCUAAAGACUUGGAAUACCAUCCCAAUAAACAAAAUGAUUACUUUUAUGAACAGAUCAGAAUGUUUAGUAUACAAUACGAAGAAUACAGCCAAAUUCCCGUUCGGGAUGGAUUGAAAUGUAGUGAUAAUGGAUAUUGUCAAAGUGGUAAAUGUUUGAAAAAGACUACUUCUGGUGUUUCUUCACUCUUGUCUAAGGAUGCUCUUAUUGAAUUGGCUAAUAACGAAUGCCAAAAAAUUGGAACAUUAGGUGCUUUCAAUAUCUCUUCGAUUGAUUGUGCCUUAAAUUGCAUGGAGAUAAAUAUCUAUUCAAGAUCUUUUACAAUUAACCAGAAACUUGCUCCUAAUGGAUUUCCUUGCAGUAAUAAUGGAAUUUGUAACGAGGGAACCUGUCUACGAAUUUUCUAACGGAGCUUUAAAUAUUAAACAAAAAUAUUGGAGAAAAGAAACAAUAGUUCUGAAUCAAAUGGUUUUAGAAUUAUUAUUUAUAACUGUAUAUUUACUAAAUAUUUAAUUAUUUAUCUACUGUAAAAUAUAUUGCGAAAUUAAAUA